GUAGGUCGAAACUAACGGCUCUCCACAGCAACACGAAUCAAAAACCAAACCGAAAGGUGUAAAACCGAAAAGAAGAACCUAUUGACUUUUAACACAUAGCAAUGCUGUACCAAGACCACGAUAAUGCCAAUGCGGCAGGACAAGGCGACGCACCGAUCGCCAACACCACCGCCGCCGCAGCAGCAGCAACGACCCACGUAGCUCCUCAGCCACCGGCACCACAGCAAAAACAUCCAGAGCAGCUGCCUGCUUCCGCUCCUGCUCCUACUCCUGCUGCUGCGGUAGCAACGACCGGCAGUGCAGGCGCAACCGCUGCUGUCGCCUCCCUUUCUCAGCAACAAUCGCUGCAGAAGCCACCACCAACACAGCUGUCUGAUCCCGCUGUCCACGUCGACGCGACGCUGCCGGCGAUUCCUGCCAAGGCCGUCGUGACUCAGCCGGCGGCGGUGCGGGAUGAACCGGUGCUGACGGGCACGGUGGUGUGCGCCCAAUCGAGUGCGGUGCGCCGCGCCGAUCAGCAAAAGGUCCGCGCACAGGCCGAGGAAGACGCGGAGGAUUCGCACUCCGACACGGCCUCGGCGUCGUCCUCCAGCGUGGCGACGUCUACCUCGUUUGUCGGGGACGCGGACAAGAUGGAGCUAAUCUUUGACUUUGGGCGCUACGUCGGGCAGGUGGACCCGCUCACGGGGCUGCGAGACGGCCAGGGCUGCCUGCAUUACAAGAGCGGCAACGUGUACACCGGCGGCUGGAGGGACGGCGCCGCCGACGGCUUCGGCGAGAAGCGCUACAAGAACGGCGACAUCUACCGCGGUCACUGGGACCAGGGCAGGCGCUCCGGUCGCGGGGCGUACUUGUUUGCGCAAGGCCACUUCUACGAUGGCAUGUACGUGAACGACCAGCCCGAAGGCUACGGCAUCUACACCACCUUGAAGGGUGACCGCUACGCCGGGCAGUGGAAAGGCGGCCACAAGAACGGCAAGGGUCGCGAGACGCUCGUGAAUGGGCAGGUCUUCGUCGGCAACUGGCGCAGCGGAAAGAAGCAAGGCCGUGGCAAGCUGUACCUGCCCGGCGCGGAGGGCUACAUCUACGGCAUCUGGAAUGACGACAAGUUCUUUCGGGAGCUGACGGAGGCGGAGAUGGGCGCGGAGGGGAGAGAGGACGUCGUGGACGAAUUCGGUCUGCCGCGUGACGCGUCUGCCCCGCCGGUGACGCCGCCAUGGAUGAGGCCGGUGCCGAUUGGGACAGCCGUGACGGACCGUGUCCUGAUGGGCGUGGCAGCCCUGGAGGACCGCAUGGAGUCCCUCGGAAAGGUGUUCGAGCGGGUAAUGGGUGGGUCGAACAGCGAGGGCGGCGGAGGGAACGCCGGAUCGGCCGCCGCCACGGCAGGGGAGACGUCGCGGUCUGCGGCGGGCGGGGGGACCUCCUCGCACCUCCUCUUUGCGUCUCCGGGUGGGCAAACGGCGGAUGGCAUUCUGGCGAGCGACUUGGAAAGGGACGACGCGUACGAUGACGAGGGGACGCCGACGAUGGGGGUGGAGCUGCGCCGUGCCGCGCGGGCCACCAACGCUACGCCGCCUGCCGCCGUGCUGUCGACCGCGGAGGAGCAGGCGGAGCAGCAGGCGCCAACGGCGGAGAGCAACAACAUCAACGACGACAGCAUCGCGACUUCUGUCGCUGCCUCUGCUGUUGCGGCAAGCGAGCUGAAGGGAGGUGCCCCACCGCAGUGA